UUCCACUAUGCCACCAUUCAACCAAACUACUGAUAACCAGCAGACCUUCACACUGACUGGGAUUCCAGGAAUGCCAGAGAAGGACUUCUGGUUGGCCUUGCCCCUCUGUCUCCUUUACAGUACCACAGUCCUGGGUAAUGUCAUCAUCCUUAUUGUUAUCAAAGUUGAGCAAAGUCUUCAUGAGCCCAUGUAUUAUUUCCUGGCUAUGCUAGCUGCCACAGACCUCAGCCUUUCACUAUCUUCCAUGCCCACUAUGAUAAGUGUUCACUGGUUCAGCUGGUACUCAGUAACUUUUGAUGCCUGCAUCACUCAGAUGUUCUUUAUUCACACCUUUGGGGGAGUGGAGUCAGGGGUUCUGGUGGCCAUGGCCUUUGAUCGCUUUGUGGCUAUUUGCUUCCCUUUGCGCUAUGCUACCAUUCUCACUCAUGGCGUCAUUGGCAGCAUUGGGGCAGCAGUCCUGCUGCGGAGUGUGGUGGCUGUGCUCCCUGUGCCUUUCCUCAUCAAAAGGCUACCUUUCUGCCACUCCAACAUGCUAUCUCACGCAUACUGCCUUCAUCAGGAUGCCAUGAAACUUGCCUGCGCUGACACCCGUGUCAAUAGCAUCUAUGGCCUGCUGGCUGUGAUCUUCAUUAUUGUACUAGAUGCUUUGGUCCUUUUGGUCUCUUACAUUCUAAUCAUCCAGGCAGUAUUGCACAUUGCUUCCCCAGAAGAGAGAGUCAAAGCUCUCAACACCUGCCUCUCUCAUAUCUGUGCAGUGCUACUGUUCUAUGUGCCUCUCAUUGGCAUGACUCUGAUUCACCGAUUUGGGAAGCACUUGUCACCAGUAGUACACACACUCAUGGCCAAUAUCUACCUGUUGCUCCCUCCUGUGCUCAAUCCUGUUGUGUACAGUGUUAGAACAAAGCAGAUCAGGCGGCGGAUUGUCCAAGUGUUUUGUGGGGGCAGGAUUGCUCCUUAAUAAUGUCUACUACUUCUGUGAAAAUGCAAUCAAGUCAGAGAAGAGUGUCAAACAUAACACUGUCCAGUAGAAAUUUAUGCAGUACUGGAAAUGGUCUGAAUCUCUGUUGUUGAAUACAGUAACUAUUAGUCAUGCAUGGUUAUUGAGCACUUGAAACUUUGCUAGUGUAACCAAGGAUCUAAAUGUUAAAAUUUUAACUAAUUGAAAUGUCAACUUAAAGUCACUUGUAGCUUAUAGCUACUCUAUUAAAGAGUAAAAAUCUAAUGAAUUAUGACAUGCCAUUGUAUAACAGUUUUGAUGAAAUCAGGAAUUUAUAUUAGAUAGCUUGAUAAAAAUUGAACUUCAAAAUGGUGUAUAAAAACUUUUUCAGCACUUACAUACAAUCAGAUUUACUCUUUUUGGUAUAUAGUUCUGUAAGCUUUGACAAACAUGUGAACCAUGAACCACCAGUGACACCAAUGUACCAAAAAAUUACAUUACUUCCCAAAAUUCCUUCAUGAUGCCCCUUUGUAGUCAACUUCUCUAUCCAUACCCAGUCUUUGGCAAACACUGAUUUGUUCUCUAUGACUAUAAUUCCUCUUUUUCCAGGGUAUCUUGGAACCCUGAAGUAUGUAGUCUUCUAUGUUUGGCUUCUUAGCACAAUGCA